ACCGCAACUUUCCCAAAAUCUGCCUGGACUGAAAACAUGUCUCACAUCUCCUUUUCUUCCCUCUGGCGAAAGCUCUUUCUGGCAUGGAGUGGGGACAGCUAAGGUCUCCAGGCCGCUAAUGAAGUGAGGGAAAGUAGAGGGGAGUCAGCCGAGCGGGAAGAAAGCGGACGACGGGAGCGGGAGGAGAGGUAGACGACGGUCCAAGAUGGGCGGAUAAAAGGAGCAACCGCUCAGCAGCGAGAGGGAGAGGGGAGAGUAAGGCGCCCAAACACCAUGUGGACAAGGGGAGGAGAGAAGGCAGAGGUGGCGCGCGAAGGCUGAGCGCCCAGUCAGCCAGAGCCCAGAUCCGAAGAGCAGAGCCGGUGCAGAGGGGUCCGCGGGCUCUGGGGGUGCUGGACCCGUGCAAUCCGAGAGCAGAUUGGGGCCUUCGCGAGCCCCUCCCGGCCCCUGCCCGCGAUGAGCGAGGCCAGCCGGCUGUGCUCGGGCUACUACAGCCUCAACCAGAGCUUCGUGGAGCCCUUCCAGUGCCCACGGCGCGGCGAGGGGGCUGCGCUCCGGUACUGCUGCGGCUUCGCCGACCUCAAGUACUGCUGCAGCGAGCCGGGCAGCUACUUCCCCUACAAGCACAGCUACAUGUGGAGCCUCAGCAUUGGUGCCUUGAUUGGAUUAGGAAUUGCUGCCCUUGUUUUACUUGCCUUUGUCAUCAGUGUCUGUGUCCUCUGCUAUUUAUUUCUGUAUACAAAGCCUCAAAGAUUAGACACCGGCCUUAAGCUUCAACACUUAGAGGCAUCUUCCACUCAAGAAGGCAAGUGAAAUGGAAAAACCGAAGCCCUCAAUUCAAAUGCAGCAUCACAUACAACACAUGAAACAUACUAGGAAGCUGAUGAUAUAAUUCAAGAAAAAACAAUGGAUGCAACACAAAUCCGCAUUGCUUAUUAACUAAAAAUUCUGUGUUUUAA